CUCUUAUUGUUAUGUCUUAUGCUCACGACUUUUGCUUUUCUCUUUCUCUCUCCAUUCACGCUGUAUUUGUAUAUGCAUUUUCUCUCUCUGUUGCUCUUGCUCUUUACUCUUUACUCUUUACUCUUUUCUCUUUGCUCUUUACUCUUUACUCUUACUACAUGUAUUACUCUCAUUAUAUGCUCCCUUGCAUCCGAUCAACUUUUAUUCUUAUUGCCAUAAAGAAAGAAUGAAUUGAGAUAGACAGACUAACAGAGUGUGUGUAAUGGAACUACAGAGUCAAACAAUGAAAAAAUUGGACCCAUGGCUCUUAUUAAACAUGUUUGUCCAUCAUGUGAGUCUCAUCAACAUUUAGACACACACAUUCAAAAAUAAAUUAAAUAAAACA